GGUGCCUUCGCCUACAGAGAUGGACCGAUUUCGAUGGCGUUUCGACUCGGCGGCUUCGAUGGUGUUCCAUACUAAAACUGGGCUGCCUCUGACUUCUAGUCCGGCGCCUCUGAGAAGAGGAAACAAUUGCUUCGAUUUUGAUGACUCUAUAAAUGGAAUCUCUGGGAUUAAAAGCGCGCUGUUCCACCCGAUCUCCCCGUGUCCCCGUCAGCGCCCCCGCGCCGGCGCCCCCGCCCCCGCGCCCCCGCCCCCGCGCGCGCGCGCGCAGCCCGGCGCCGGCGCCGGGGAAGGAGCCCGCCACGCCCAAGCUGAGGAUCGGGCCUAGCGCUGGACUGCUGGGCAGCUUCGAAGAAUCCGCCCUAAAAGGCCGCUUGGAGCCAGUUGCUACAGUCCACGGGUUCACCGCCGAAAUCGGGGCGAGUGGGGCCUUCUGUCCGCCGCACAAGCGUUUACCCGUCACCGUGUUCUUUUAUGCCCCGGGCGGGACCAACGCACCUUACAUGGGCCAUAUAAACCUCGGUCCAUCAGGUUACCGCGUGCCCCGCUCGGGCACCAUACAAGUCUCCCUCUUCAACCCGCACGGCACCCUAGUCAAGAUGUUCGUGGUCCUGUACGAGCUGACGGGCAUGCCGCCGCUGGCGAGGACCUUCCUCCGGCAGCGCACCUUGUAUAUGCCGGCGAGGGCGCCCGCGCCGAAGCCUUCCACUAGGCACAAGUGGCUGCGCUACCUCAUACACCUCAGAUUCAUGACCUCAAAAUCAGGAAAACUCUACCUCCACACAGACAUACGUAUCAUAGUCUCCCGAAAAGCCGACCUCGACACGGCCACAGCUCAUUCUACCAUCUUCCGGACCAUACCGGACGAACCGACCAAUGAGGAGCCAGAGAUUUCCACCAAUGACAAGCGAGAGAUUUCCACCAAUGAGGGCGCGAUCUCAAUCGAUAGGACCCCCAAUAGAGUGUUCGGGGGUUGCAGCGAGUUUGACUCAGAACUUAGAAAUGAUAUAAGGGAAUUGGGACACGAAAAUCAAAAUGGUGUCUCGUAUGAGCUCAGAAGCUUCACUUACGCCCCUGAGAACCCUAGGUUUUCGCCCCGAUAGUAUUGGGGCAAGAUAUUUUAUCUGUUAUUUAGUGCCUGUGGUAAAUAUUGAUCCGAAUGUGUUAAUAUGUAUGGAGUAAUGAGAAAAUAUAUUUUUUGGUUUUUAUAA